ACUUUGAACGUGAAAUGGUUAAACUGCUGUCUGCUGAUUGCUAAAUCGUUUGUAUGGUGUACUCCUUCCCUGUUCGAAAGGCCGUCUUUCGAUUGGCCGGGCCAGCAGUUGCAGUGGCGGGGUACGGUAUCGGUUCCAACAAAAUAAGGAUAACAACAAAUACGAAUAUUAUUUAACGGUUUUUUCCACUGGUUCAAUCGUUAGAUUUUUUUAUUGUUAACGUACUUCGAUUGACGAUCAAGUAUUCAUUGUGUUUAGACGUAAAGUUGUUUGCUCGUUAAUUUUGUACUUUUGAUACGUUUGUAAUUUUUUCCCGUUCGUUUCGUUUAACUGUGUGACUUGUUUAACACCGAGUGGAUCCGACUGGAAUAUUUUAACCUGUAUGGAAUACCUAUAUGUCUACUGUUUGAUUUAUUAAUUUUUUUUUUGUUUGUGCAACUUGAUCAUAGCUAUGGCUACAUUCGUCGUGAGUAUUUUACGUUUUUAUUUUGUUAUAUUUCUUUUUUUAUGUCCUAAAUAUCUACUAACUGCAUGUUUGUCCAAGUAUACCUACCUAAGAUCUAUUUUCAUUCAUAAGUAGUGUGAAACUAGUUAUUUAAUUAUUAAAACUACAAAUAUUUCUUUACAAUACAGAAUUUCAGAUUUUCUACAGGUAACUUGAAAUUGAAUUAAUGAUUUUAGAAACCUGUCAGUCAAGUGACAAUUUUCUAAUUUUAAAAAAACUUAAAAACAUUUUCGUUGUGUAUUUCUUAGUGAGAAUUUAAUUUUUUUUUUUUUUCGCAAAUAUGUGAUUUUUAAUGCUUAAUCCAUUGGUAUAAUCAAAACUUACGUAUUAUACUUUUAGUUUUACAUAAACCUUGAAACAUAGCAUUUUUGGAAUUAAUUCGAAAUGUGGUAAUUUUUAUUAUUUUUAUGAUUUUUAGUUAUUGAUAUGUUGAUAACGAAAUUUUUUUUUUUAAGUCAGAAUAAGUCAUUCUAGCUUUGAUUUAAAGUUACAAACUUUCAAACCCUAUUGACUCUGCCAGAUCUCUAGAUGCAUCCAAAAUGCUUUUUCACUUUUCUCUAUUAGCUACCUGAAGUGGUUUUGCACAACAAAUCGUUGGCUAUUUUCUAAUAAAACAGUCCAAGUGUGUGUAUCGAGUGAGCCCGCCAGAUCUCUAGGUGCACCCAGAAAUUUCUCCCCAUAGAUUUAAUUUUUCAUAGAACCAACCCUGGUUUUCAUGAUAUUUUAAAUAAUUUUAGAAAAGUAUUGGUAAUGGUCCAAUACACUACCUACAUCAUAAAUUUAAUGUACCUUUAAGUUAAUUUCAAAAAUGUUUUAUUUCACUCCCUAGUUUCACAAUAGCUAUUAUGAAUUAAUUUAGUCAGUUGCUGUAAAGGUUUUUUUUUUACCACUUAACUUGAAAAAUAUCUACUAUACCAACAAAAUAGCGUUAAGUUCACACACACACAUAUAGACUACAAAUGACUAACAAAAGAAUGAAAUAUAGUUUAAAUAUAAAUGUUACUCAAUAUUAAUACAAUAAAAAUUAACAUAUAUAUUUCUUGAUUAAAGAGUUUAUUUUUAACUAAAAUAUUCAAUAAUUGUUACAAAGAUAAAGUUUAAUAACAUAUUAAUACAAAAAAUAUAAUUGUACCAUUUUUAGUAAAAUUAUUUUUUUAAAGAAACAAUUAUUUAAUUAGACUUAUGUAUGUAAUAUGUUUUUAGUAGCAUAAAAACAUUUUACAAAUUUUAUUUUAUACAUAUUACCCAUUUUUAUUUUUUGUGAUAUAUAUUUAAAUUAUUGUUAAACAACUCCUAUUGCUCUAAUUUCAAUCUUUAGGUCUAAACAAAUUAAGUAAUUAUGGUAUCAUUUUACAUUUAUACUUUUUAACAUUGACUUAACAAAUUUAUUUUACAUACCUAUAUUCAAAGUAAUUCAUUUAACAAACAACACUCAUAGUUUUGCAAAACAUUGACUUUUUUAAGAAAAUUUCUUAUGAAUUUAAGAAACAAGAAGUUCUAAAGGGUUGCCUGCCCCGGUGUUACUAUUAUUUUUUGUCACCCUUAUUUUUGGGUUGUACCGACUACCUAUUUUUGGUUUUUAAAUGGGAACUUUUAUCAACAGUGAUUUAAAAAUCAAAAGUAUAUAGUCAUCUCAAUAAUUGUAAUGUAACAUUUUAAAGUUAAUUGUUAUUAAAUUGUAAUCAAUAUUUUAUGAAAUAAUGAGUGUUUUACAUUAAAUGAAUCAUCUUUUAUAAAGUUAAAAUUUAUAUUGUUAAUACCUAUUUUUGUUUUAUUAAUUCAUUAUUUGUAUUUAUUUUAGAGUUACCUAAUUAUAAAAUGCUUCAAUUAAAAUUACAUGUUAAAAUGGUUUUUCUUUUAAAUUACUGUUCUUUUUGCUCCUACAAGUUGUAAUAAUUUAUUAUAUAAUAAUAAUAGAUAUAAAUAUGGUUAAAAAUCAGAAAAAAGUCCUAUCUUUAAAUGUAAUUUGUUUUUAUUUAAAAAAUUAAUGCAUUGACUUAAAUCAAAUCCAAUUAAUUUUUUUCAAAAUAUUAAUUAAAAUUACCUAUAUUUUAGUUAGUAUUAUAUUUUAAAAUAAAUUUUAGGUUGUAGGUUUAUGUUAAUUUCUGCUUGUUAUUUACUAAUUACCCAACUAUUUAGUUUAUAAUACUAGAAAAGUAUAAACAUUUAACCGUCUAUAACCAGAAAUAUUGAUAAUAAUAUUGAAAUUAUUAUUUUAAUUUCUAAAUUACAUUUUUGCCUAAUGAAUAGAUAUUAUUAAAAAGGUAGUUAAGUAUCUACUAUAUAAAAUUGUAUAAUUUUGUUUAGGUGGAAUUUUCACCUCCAAUAAAAAUGAAAUCAAAACAAAAUGAUGAGAAUUUGAAUACAACAGAAAAAUAUUCUUUGGUCUUGGCACCAUUUCAAAAACAGAUUCAAAUAGAAUUUCUAAAUGUAAAAAUUAAAGAGACAGCCAUUCGAUAUUUAACUGUUCUUAACCCAUUUGAUCAGCCUAAACAGGUUAUUAGUUUUUACAAUAUAUAUAUACAAUUUACAUCUUUCUUAUUGGAAUAAUAUUAAUUCAUUUUUCUAAAUUUACAGUGUGUUUUACCGCCACCUAGUGAUGGUAUAUUUUUUGAUGUUUAUGAAUUCACUUUACAAGCAAAUUCACAGCGUAUAUUAUCAAUUACCUGGCAACCAUUUAUAUCUGGAACUAUUCGUAAAUUAAUUAAAAUAAAACAAGUGGAUAGCAAUAUAAAAUAUGAAUUCCUUAUUUUAGGGAAUUGUGUCUCCUCUUUGAACAAAAAUGUAAAGGUUAGUGCUCCAUUUUUGUUUUAAUUUAAGUAUAUUGUACUCAUAUGUUUUAUCUUAUAUUAAUUCUGCUUCAUAUACUUUUAAUGAAUCACUAUUUUUAUUUUCGUUGAAUAUUAUUAUUUAACAUGUUUCAGGGUACUUCUGUGACUUAUUCAAAGUCGAAAAAUUCAAGUUUGAUAAAAAAACAUUUAAACUAUGGUAAAAAAAAAAUAACUUUGAAUAAAACUAGGAUUGUCAAUAGUAAAUCAGAAAGAAUUGUUUUAAUGGAGAAUCGUGAAAAAAUAUCCAAAUCUAUUUGUCCAGAAAACAUACAAACCCCUGCUAGACGGGAAACAUAUUUAAUUGAAGAAAAAGAAAAUCUUUCCAAUUUAAAAACAAAAUUAUUUGAUUGUGAUAAUAUGCUCUCCAAUCCCAUUCAAAUAUUAAGACAAAAAGAUAAUAAAUGUCCAAAUUAUGAUUUAAAUAAUCAUUUUAACAAAACUAAUGAUAACUUGAAUUAUAGUUUUGACUCAUUGGAUGAACCAUUAAAGAAACCUGUUACCAAUUACUCCUCAUUUAAUGAUUUCUGUUUGACACCAUUAAAGAGUACUGAAAACUUGCUUUCUCCAUUUAGUUCUAUUGGUAAAUCUAAUAGUUUUAACACCACUAAUAUAGAUUUGGCAUCUAUUUCUUACAAUACAUCAAUAUUUAAACCAAUAGAAGCAUCAACUGCGGGUAAAAUAUACGAGUAUACUCCCCCUGAAGAGAGAAAACCUAAUAGAGUAUCAAUGAAUUUAAACAAAAUAUUUAAAGAAAGCCCUAAGAAUGAUUUAAGUAGACCUAAUAAAACUUAUAAUAAAGAAUUGGAAUCAUACUUAACACCUCCUAAUGAUGGAAAAUCAUUAGAUUUUGGGAAAACACAAGAAUGGGUAAUCAAACAUGCACCGCCGAAUCAUACAAGUAAUGUUUUAACAUGAUUUGAACAAUUUUUUGACUAUAAAUUACAUAAUAUUUAACUUAAUACUAAUAUAAAGAAAAAUUUUAAUGUUUCCAUAUAAUUGUUAGAUUCAACUUCAAGCAGUAAAAAACCAACAAAGCGACCAUCAUUUGCUAUUAAAAAUUCUCCAUAUUAUAAAUGUAGCCCAAAAUCGACAUUUUUGUUAAAGAAUAAAUUGAAACAACACAGUAAGCAUUUACCAUAAAUACAAUACUUAUAGUUAAAAAACAUUGAAUGGUAUUUUUAAAAAUUUACAUAAGAACAAUAAUCAAAUUAUUUAAAUUAAGUACAUUGAAAUUAGAAAUAUCUAUUUUUGUUGAAAAAAUUAAUCAUACAUUUAUAUUUAAUAUUUAUCAAUUUUUAUAUAAUUCUAAACUGUACUUAUACUUCAAUUUAAUAUGAUUUAGAAAUUAGAAGUUAUGAUUAAAUUCAGAAAUAGAGUAGAACUUUUUUUUUUUUUUGAGUGGAAUGUUGGUUUUACAAUGAUGUAUAUUUUUUUUCAUUUGUGACUAAUGUUUCUACCAUAAAUUUUGCUUCAAUUUUCAAUUAAAGCACUUUUUCUGAACAGAAAUUAAACUGAGGUGGUACUUUAGAAAGGUAAUAUUUUGAUUUUUCUAAGGAUUUUCAUAUUAAAUGAGAAUUAACUUGGGAAAAUGUAUGAAAUUAUUAUAAAAUAGUAAAUAUAAUGGCCUUUCAAAACAUGUUUAACUUAACUCUGCUCAAAAUCAUUUUUUAUUAACGUUGUUAAAUUCCCCUCUAUAUCCAAUCUUCUUCGCCUACAACUGUGGCCCUCCCAUUAUAAAAAUUAUCUCAAAUAUCUUUUUAAGUUUUUUUUUUUUUUCUAUCAGAUUGAUAUUAAAAGUGGAGGUUAUGAUUUUUAAUUUAAAAAAUUUUCUAAAUUUAUUCUAUUGCAUAUAAAAAAAACUCAUUCUUUUAGACAUUCGUAGUCCAAAAUCAAAUCGGUUAAGAACUCCAAAAUUAGAUAAGUGUGAUCAGUAUCUUAAGUGUGUAGCAAAUCCAGAACUUGUACAUCACAGUAAUGGUGAAGAUCCAUUUUUAAAGUUGUAAGUGAAUUUUGAAGUAUAAUCAGUUUUAGAUUCUAUAAUAAUUAAAAGUAAUUUGUUAGGUCUAAAUACUAUGCCGCGGAAUGGCUAGAUCGCCAAGAAUCUGAUAUGAUUCGAUGGUUAAAUGAACUACUUAUGCCUACUGACAAGUUAGCAGAAGAAGAAAAAUCUGAUGACUUAAAGCAAGCAGCUGGAUCUUGGGAAGAAGUGUCCAAAAUGUGUAAUAAAAAUAAGCCUAUGCAAUUUGCUACACAAAAAGAUCUGUUUGUUGCACAGAUAUACAGACAAUCACCUCAACAGUGGAGUGCAUUAAGAAAAGCAACAUUCAAUCUUAUUACAUCUAAUAAAGUUUCCUCUGUUCUAUCAAAAUUAACAGUGUCAAUUGAAAAGAAUCUUAUAACUGUACGGGAUGAUCGUCAAAUACACUUGGACUUGAGUGAGUAUUUUGAAAGUUAAAAUAUUUCUAAUAAUUUAAAACAAAUAAUGAUGUGUUUGUUAGGUUUAAAGAAAAAAAUUACAGAUUUGUUAAAAUGCUAUAACCCAUUGUGGCUCCAAAUUGGUUUAGAAGCUAUAUAUGGUCAAGUUAUUUAUAUAAAGCAGGAUUCUAAUGACUUGGAUGGACUUGGCUGGUUUAUACGUAAACAUUUGUUUAAUAAUGAUUUUGUCAAACAGAAGUUUACCAAAACUACUGUACUUCAAGUUAACCUUCCUUCUUACAAUGUAAGAAAAAAUGUUUACAUAUUAAAUUUGUUAAUGACCUAAAAAAAAUAAUAAUAAUUUUACACUACAGAUAGCCAUGAAAAAAUUUAUUUUGAGAAAAAUACUCAUGCUUAUAUAUUUUUUGGACUUUGCUAAAGAACAACAACUAAUAAGACAUAAUCCAUGUCUAUUCAAAAUUGAUUCACCUUAUAAAGUAAGUGACUAAAAUAUGGAUUAAGUAUUGUCUUUUAUAAUCAAAAACAUUUAAUUAACAGAGUAGCUAUGACUUUCUUAUGGGAUUUUGUGCUGAUAUGGUGACAGCCCACGGAGACAUAAUCCGGCGCCUACGUAAUAUUGAUUACAAUUUGAUUCAUAAACAAACGCAUUUGGAUGAAGUCAAUUAUGCUGUAAGGUCAUUAAAUGACUUGAGGGAUGGUACUAGAAUGACCAAAGUUGUUGAAAUUUUAUUCAAAGGAGAUUCAUUAUCACAGAAAUUAAGACUUCCUGCUAUAUCAAAAUUACAGAAAAUCCACAAUGUUGAUUUGGCGUUAAAUAGAAUUUCUGAACAUAUCAAAAUUGAAGGUAACAUUAGUACAAGAGACAUUGUAAAUGGUCAUAGAGAGAAAAUAUUAUCACUAUUUUGGCAGAUAAUUUAUAAAUAUUUAACUCCUCGAUAUAAUGAUGCAGCUAUAAAAAUUCAAAAUUGGUGGCGAAAUAAUAAUCUCAACUUAAUUAUUUUGAAAAGAAUUAGGGUCAAACGAAAUUUAAAACUUCAUUUAGCUGCUACAAAAAUACAAGCAUGUGUUCGGGGUUACUUGGCCAGAAAAAAAUGGCUACAUAUUCAAGAUGACUUAAUUGAAAAGCGAAAACAUUUUUUAAUUUUGAAAAAAGCAACUGUAUUUAUUCAAAGGAAAUUUAGAUAUAAACUUGCAAUGAGGAGAAAUCAACAAAAAUAUAUGAAACCAGAAGAAGCCGCUUUACUUAUACAAAAAAUGUACCGCGGUUUUAUGAUCAGAAAGAAUUGGUUUCAUAUAAAAAAUUGUCUAGUCUUUAAUAAAAUGAAGAGAAUUAAUGCCAUUAACACAAUCAAACAUUUUUUAAGAAAAAACUUACCACUCUCUAAAGAUCAAAUAUACUAUCAAAAUAUAAUGCGUAUAACUUUGACUAUUCAAAGAAGAUUUAGAGCUAAACGAGCUAUGGUAAUUCAAAGAGAAAUUUAUUUAAAAAUAAAAAUUGCUGUACUUAAAUUACAAGCAGUAGCAAGAGGUUACAUUGUUCGUAAACAAUGGCCAGAAUUAUGUAGUAAACUACAAGCAGAAAGAAUGCAUUUAAUUAUUGCUAGUAACAUCAUCAAAAGAGUGUUGAGAAAAAAUCUUCCGCCCACAGAUGACCGUAUUGAAUUCCUCAAGUUAAAAAAAUCUGCUACAAUUAUACAAAAAAAAUUUCGAUCUAUGCAAAAAAUGAAAGAACAAAGAAAGAAAUAUUUACAACUGAAAACUGUUACAAUUAAAUGUCAAAGUGUGAUCAGAGGAUAUUUAUUAAGGAAACAAUGGCCAUUUUUACGAAAUAAUUUGAUAGCAAACAGGCAGAUUUUGAUCAAUUGUAGUAAUGUGAUUAAAAGGGCUCUAAGAAAAAAUAUUCCUACAACCUAUGACAGAUUAGAGUUCAUUAAGCUUAGAAGAGCUGUGAUUAUUAUUCAAAGUAGAUUCCGAGGUUAUAAGCAAGCAAAAGAAUAUCAGACAUUGCGUUAUAGUGUUAUUGUGAUCCAAAGAAAGUUUAGAGCCAAUAUAGCUAUGAGACAACAGAAACAAAUUUAUGAACACACUAGAAUUAUUACUAUUAAAUUACAAGCACAAUUUAGAGGGUACAUAGUACGUAAAAAAUGGUCAGAAACUAAAUACAUUCUAGAAGCUAACCAAAAAAAAUUAGUUUCAGCCAGUAACACUAUAAAAAAGUUCCUACGUCUAUGCUUACCACCAACCUCUGAACGGUUAAGAUAUUUGCAGUUAAAACAAACAGUAAUUAACAUGCAAGCAAGAUAUAGGUCUAUUGUUGCAAUGCAAUUGGUAGAAAGAGAAUAUUUGUUGUUAAAAAGUUCUGCAAUCACAUUACAGAGGCGUUAUAGAGCGCAAAAGGCAAUGAUGGCACAAAAACAACAAUACAAACACCUAAAAUAUUCCACAAUUGUAUUGCAGGCUUAUGUCAGAAGCUACUUAACACGUAAACGUUGGCCUCAGUUAAAGUCUUCUUUAAAAAUCAUUCAGGACAAAAAAAUGGAAACUUUAAAGGUAAGGAUAUUAGCAUUUUAUUUUUGUACUCAUGUAUGAAUAUUAUAAAUAGUGAAUCUUCUUGUUUAAUAAUAAUUAAUGUGUAGCAUUACUUCUGUAAAAGAAUGAAAAAAUACAUUUUAUAAAUUUUAAGCAUAUAUGUAUACUUACAGAAAUUGAAUUUGGCUGCAUUAAGAAUACAAGCUGCCUUUAGAGGAUUUUUGGUUAGAAAAAAAUUACCUCAGUUGAAGAGUGAUAGAUAUAUGCAAAAACAAUUGCAUGCUGCCACAUUGAUACAGGUAAAUUAUCAACCUUUAAAAUAUGCAUGUAUUUAUAUUUAUUCAGUUCAAUAUAAAAUUGCCAUUUAUUUAUUUAUUUUAUAGGCCCAAUGGAGAGGUUAUUGUGUGAGGAAAAAAGUACAAUGCCGAAGAGAAACCAUUAGGAUGCCGAAGAAAGGUGGUCUUACAUUAGGCAGACGACACAAAGAUGUAGUUAACGUGUUAACAAAACAAAAGAAAAAUGAAUAUUCUUAUCGGGAUUUAGCUACAGUUUUUUGGAACUUAGGUAAAUAUUAAUUAACAUUGAUCUAAUCUUUAAAGUUUCAAAUUUUAAUUCUAAUUACAAAUAAUAUUGUUAAAACAUUACAUUCAAUCUUUUUCUUAUCCAUUUAAAUUAAAAAACUAUGUUUUAUUCAAUUUAAAAUAAAACAAAAUAUAUAAUUUCCUUUUAAAAUUAUAGUUUCAAUAAAAUCUAUUUUAUAUUAUUUAUAUAUUAUAUUUUAGAUUCGGAACAUAGUGAUGUAUCUUUUGGUUUUAUUAUGUGUAAUUUUUCAUCUAAACUACUUUUCUACCAGAAAUCCUGCUCCGAUGUAUAAAAUGUAGUACUUUUUCUAGUUUGAGCAUUAGUGAUGUAAUUUUUUUGGUUUUCCAAGGAGUUAUAAUAGGAGAGGGGAAACAAUUAUAGGUAAAAGUUAAUUGUUUUUAAUUUUGCAAACUUUUUCUACAAAAAAUCUAUGGUCUAAAAAUAAAUUUAAGUUUAUUAUAUGUUUUUUUAAGCUUUUUAACCUAAGAUCAAAGUUCAAUGAAAAUCAAAAUAAAUUGUAGCAUUUUAAAAUAUAUCCCACUGAACUUUGCUCUGAGUCUUAGUAAAUUGGCUUUUCAAAUUAUGUAUUACUGAACUAUCUUGUCUUUUUGAACCUUUUGCCAAAAAAUAGUAUAUUUUUACAUACAGAUAUAAAUUAAAUAACUUUUUGUAUCCUACCUUCCCAACUUCCCACCUACAACAGUUGUUACACCCGGCCCCAAUAUCAGUUCUAUUUUAAAUUUGUAUAUUGUAUAUGAUAUUUUUAUUUCCUUUAAUAUUCUCUAAAAUAUAGUUUUCAUUAAGAAAUAUUUAUUAUUUUAUAAUAUUUAUAUGAUUUUUAACAAGUUUUAUUUUUUUUUACCAGAUACUUGUACUUCAUUAUCAAAAGAGUUGUGUGUGAAGACCUCUGAAGGUGAUAUAGUAGACUAUAUGUUUCACUUUUUACAGUCUUCCAAUCAAUCACAACCAAGCAUUGAAGCUAGAGAACCAGCAAUCCGUGUGCUUAUAAACUUAUUGAGAUACCAUGAAACUUCAUGGCACAUCUGGACUGUAAGUAGAAAAAAUACAACCAUUUUUUUUUCUUAUUAGGUAAAAAGUACAUUCAUUAAUUAAAACUUAUUAUCAAUCAAACUUUUUUUUAUUAAUAUUUAUCCCUAUUAAAAUUCCAUCAUUCCCACAUGUGCUAAUAGUUUUAAAAUUAGCGUGAAUCGACCUUUUAUCAAAUUUAAAAAUAUUAACAUUGUCUGUGCUGCUCGUUAUUUUAAUUCUUAAAAAAGUUAUAAUAAUUUUUCAAAUUGUGUUACAUGAUUAUAUCUCAUGUACAAAUUAAAAUAUUGAAAAAAAAACCUACCCAGAAUAUGUUGGUAUAUUUAAAUCGGAUAAUAAAUCAAUUUAGUCUAAUUUCUAAACUAACACCACAAAGUUGUCCAUGCUAAAUGAUGGAGACACAUGCAGUAUGACUCUUCAGCAAAAAUUUUAAUAGAUUAUAGGUUAGAUCAUAUAUGAGUUAAAUUAAAAUUAUUAAACUACAUUUUUGUAUUGUUUAAAUUGUCAUAUCCAUAUAUUACAUAAAUAAGAGAAAAGGCAAAAAUAUUUCAUAAAAUCCUCUUGAAUUUUGGUUUGUUGUAGAGAACAGUAAAUACUGAUAUGGUCAAAGAGCUAAUCAAGAUUAUGAAAACAUGCUGCGGUAAAAUUAGUGCCAACAAGUUGUACUGUUCUUUAGCUACAUGGCUUUGGGUAGCAUUACAAGAUCCUAAAAAAAAACAGGUAUAUAUUUAGUUAAAAGUUUCUUUAUAAUAUAAUAUUGUAUUCUCAAUUUCACCUAGAGCAUGCUUAUAAAAUAUAGAAAUUAUACUGUAACAAAAUUAUUUAUCGUAACACAUUUCAAAAUUCAUUUUAUUGAUAUUUAAUAUUCACCAACUUUCCUGUACAAAAAACAUAUACUCAUUAUUAAGAACUGUUCUAGUAAUGUAAAGAAAUUGCCAACCAAUAUAAAAAUUAUCUUUAUCAUGUCUCUUUAAUGGCUAAAUUAAUUUAAUUUUAAUAGAAUGAUGUAUUACACGUAUAUUUUUUUAUAGUACAUUAAAACCAUUCCAAGUGUUAUCACAGACUUAAAGUUCAUGAUAGACACACUAAACAAAAGAUACAAAAAUCGUAAAAUGAAUAAAACAACAAAGGUCUUACCAUCAACAUUGCCUACAUGGAGUAUUGGUUCCAAAUGUCAAAAAUGUUUUGACUCUGAUCUAUUUGCUACGACUCAACUAUGGAAACACUUAAACUCAUAAAUAUUAAGAUUUUUUUUUUUUAAUUAUUGAUUUUAGUUUAUACAUUAUAUUUAUGUGUAUAAUUUUGACAUUAUUUUUUUGUAAGACAAAAAAAUUAGUAAAUUGUUUUUAUUUCUCGAGUUAUUAAAUUCAAUGAAUAUAUUCAUAAUACAGGUUAUUAUAAUCAAGUGACUUCAAUAAAAGUUAAUAGAUUUACAAUGGUU